GCGCCCCUUGGAGCCCUUCCAGAUCUCAGCCUGUCGUUGACGGGAGCUGAGACCGAGGGCCCCGAAGCCCCGGGCGUGCGCUCGUACACCGGGAGCGGAUGCGCUCGCACCUUACUUCCAGAGAAGGAGGAGGACUUGCGGGAAGGCUCGUCCCGGAAUGCCCAGAUAAGAGUGUUUGUGCUGGUCCUUGCCCGGAAGGAAACAAGCCGGCAUUAUUGAAGUGACUGGGCGGAAGACUUUAGCUCGGAGAAGAGCUUCUAAACACACUCAUUAAUAGAGAAGCUCAUGUAGAGACAGUUAUUUGUGUAGUUAAUCCAAAAGCCAUUCCUAUUUGGCUUUGGAAGUAUUCUUUAGUGCUUGUAGUAAAUAUAUUUUUAGAAGUCUUCACUCCAACAGAUUAAUGUCUUUUGAGGGGGGGAGGCCGGUGACGAUAUAAUAAUCCUUUUAAAUGAACCGACCACAGUGCUUUCCUUAUUACAGGAAUUUAAAGAAAAUUAGAAUUUCUCUAGUUCCCACAUCAGCUUUUCUCUGAAACUAAGAGUAGAGGUGAUGGUGAUAAACUAAGCUGCAAUGAAUUGCAAUGAGUUGGGAGCGACAUUGAUGUCAGAGGAUCUAGCAAAACAGCUGGCAAGCUACAAAGCUCAACUCCAGCAAGUUGAAGCUGCCCUGUCUGGAAAUGGAGAAAAUGAAGAUUUGCUAAAAUUAAAAAAAGAUUUACAAGAAGUUAUAGAACUAACCAAAGACCUUCUGUCAACUCAACCUUCAGAAACUCUUGCAAGUUCAGACUGUUUUGCUUCUGCUCAGCCCACUCAUUCAUGGAAAGUAGGGGACAAAUGUAUGGCAAUCUGGAGUGAAGAUGGACAGUGUUAUGAAGCGGAGAUUGAGGAGAUAGAUGAAGAAAACGGCACUGCUGCAAUCACCUUUGCUGGCUAUGGCAAUGCUGAAGUGACUCCACUGUUGAACCUGAAGCCUGUAGAAGAAGGAAGGAAGGCAAAGGAGGACAGUGGCAGCAAACCCAUGUCCAAAAAAGAAAUGAUUGCUCAGCAGCGUGAAUAUAAAAAGAAGAAAGCUUUGAAAAAAGCACAGAGAAUAAAAGAACUUGAGCAGGAGAGAGAGGACCAGAAAGUGAAAUGGCAACAGUUCAACAACAGGGCCUAUUCUAAAAACAAAAAAGGCCAGGUAAAGAGGAGUAUUUUUGCUUCACCUGAGAGUGUAACUGGCAAAGUUGGAGUAGGAACUUGUGGAAUUGCUGAUAAACCUAUGACACAGUAUCAAGAUACCUCUAAAUACAAUGUCAGGCAUUUGAUGCCUCAAUAAUCAGAAAAACUGUUGAAUUUCAUCUCUGCAGGGCUUUACAUUUACCUUUUUAUCCUUAUAUUUUUCUAAAGGUAAAUUAUUUGUUAGAUGAGUAAGGAAGAUACCAUUGUUGUCAUUGUUUGACUUCAAUAGAAUGAAACUUGAAGAAAUUGCAUUUGAUAACCGCUAUUCAUUUAACUUGGUUCAUUACUACUACCACAGUUUCCUCAAAGUUUGUUGGGUAACGCAACUUUUCUAGAUAGAUGCUGCUUAAAUAAAGCACUUAGAUGAAUUGUUGAUCUUCCUAAUAUCAGGCCCCAUACAUUUUGUAAAGUCCUAACCUGGAACUUUCAGUACCUUAAAACUUGCCAUGUAUUCUGAAAGCAAUUCACUGGAAUAUCAAGGCAAAACACCAAACUUUACAGAGAUUUUUUUUUUUUCUUACCUUCAACUUAAACUUGGCUAUUGGCCAAUUAAACCUAAAAAAUAAGUUAACUUGUAAAAGUCCAAUUCUGUUUUCAGGUUUUUCCUUUAAUAACUUGUUUCCUAAGCCUGUUAGACCAUCUCUAAAAUGUAUCCAGCUCUUUUAUUCUUUUCAUUGAGUUUUAGUUUUAUGUAAAAAACUAUGUUUUAGCACCAGCUACCUUUUCUAAUUUUUCCCCCCUCCUGUGUUGGUUUUUCACAUAGGGUAGUGGUACCAUUUUUUUGGAUGUGAAAUGUUUAUAUGAGAAAACAAAAAGCUGAUGUAUAGCCCUGUAUACAGUGUAGAUACUAUUUUUGUAAAAAAAAAGAAAAAAAAACGGCUAAAUUAAUGAACAAGAGUACUGAAUGUUUCAUCAUUAAAAAUUGACUGUAUUUCUUGUGCAUUAAUCUGACCAUAAUCCCCUGUAUAUUAUGUUCAUGUAGCUGAGUUUGUAAUUUUUGUUUACUAGAUCAAGUUGUCAGCAUUUGCUGGUAUAAGUGAACAUCACAUUUAUCCUGAGUUGAGUUUAAGCCAAAUAUAUGCAUAGAAAAGUGUCUUCCUGUUAAUGGAAGUCAGUGAUUUUCAGGAUGUGUUAAUUUCAGUUUUUGUAUGUUUAACUUUUAUUAAAUAAAGUGUUUUUAAAAUCUCCAGGGUGUGUUAUGACAAAGGUAAAAUCUUACUAGUAGCUCCCAGCAUUGAUAAUGAUUAAGCCUCACUGUACUUGCAUACAUCAUUUCUGCAAAAGAAAAUGAGUAUGUUAAAGGUUUCGAUAAAUCCUUACCUACUCCCCUUCCAUUAGACAUAAAGAAUUAGAUUCUAAAGGGCAAACCAAUUUUAAGGGCUUGUGCUCUGUUUGGAGUUUAUAAAUUUUUGCUACCGGGAAAAUAAAAUUUUUUACUUCAUGUAUUUUAAUUCUUUUGGUAAAUUGAAACUUUCAGGAGGAUAGUGGUGAGGUAGAAUUUUUCAUCUUGCCUUUCCACCUCCCAACCCAGGAGAUUACUUUUUCCUUUCAUUUUUGGCCACUGAGUAGCGCACAUAUGAUAGAAAAAAAGGUGAAACGUUUUUUACAUACAAGGUACAAAUUACAGUAGAAAAAGGGCCACAUAGCUUGAAAAACUUAUAAAUAAAAUAUACUAAUGCUCUCGUUAUUAAUUGUAACAUACUAAUCAACAGUAUCCUUGAAGGAUUGCAAUUGUACCCUUUUAAUGAAAAACCACAGGACAGACAUUUGGUAUAAUUGAGUGGCCACACCAAAUGGUUUUUGGUGAGAUUACCUUGGUAUGUUUAUCACUCACCUGGUGUUGUGUAGGCAAGACUUGUGUUGAGACUUGUGCUUUGUUUGAUUGACCCUAUGGGCCUUCCUUUCUGUACAUUAAUUUUUCUGGAGGGCUUUGCAGUAGGAGGAGAAAAGAGUAAAGGUGACCAUAUUCUAUAAAAUAUAUUUUUUAAAAUAGGCAUAUGUAGCAUGAGAUCAGGAACCCUUGUGUCAAAAGACCUAGAUGUGGCUCUGAAAAGUCCGAGAUACCAGGAUGAUGAUAGUGUCUUUGGAUUAAACGAAAAGUUAAGACGCCUGGAGAGAGUAUCUGUCUUGUGUCAUGUUAAAGCCGAGAAGAUGCUUAAUGGGUAGCACCUCAUAAUACCAAUACCUUUUUACAAAUGAUGGUGGUUAAGCUCUCAAUAUUCUGAAACCAAAUAUAACACUUGGUCUUAUGAAGCUUAAUGUAAUUUCCCAUCAAGAAAGGCUUGACAAGCUCAGUAACUAACAGAUCGUGCUGUCAGUCAUUUAGGGUUCCCAAAUAGCUAUGGUUGCAUACAUCUUUUCAGAAUUUGACAUUUGACUUUGUUGUUAUUGAACAGUUGAAGAAUUCUUCAAGACCAGUCCUAACGUUCCCAAAAUAUGUAAACUUUAAGAUUGUAGCAUUAAUCACAGAUAACAUGCUUUUUAAAUUAAUAUGUAGAAAGACCAUAUUAGAAGAGCAAGGACUUGAAUCAGACUGCUGUUUGAAUCCUGGCUUCCUUAUUUAUUACCUGUGUGUAUAACUCCUCUUUGAUUCAGUUUUCAGCUGUAGAAUAAUUUGUUUCAAUAAAUUGUAAGGAUGAACGAGUUAAUAUGUGUAAAGUGCUUAGUGGAGUAUCUGGCAUGUGGUAAGCACUAUAGAAGUGUUAGCUAUUACUGUGCAGAGUGGUAAUGGUGAAUAUCUGAUCUUUCUUCCUUUUUUUCUUAAAUUCUUUAUUGUUUAAAGUGUUACAUAUAUCUCCCUUUCCCCCCAUUGACCUCUCCCUGACCACCCCCAGCCCCUGAUCUUUUUUCCUUUGAACAAUAAUUCAUAUCAAAAUGUAUAAUAAUGCCCAUUGUUUACAAUUUGGCCCCUAAUUAUAAACAUGCUACUGAAAUGUUAUCAAACUUUAUAAGUAGUACACCCGAGUAAAGGUUAAGAUUUUUAUAUUA